UCCAUUCGGAUUGUAUAUUCGGGUUGGACCAACCAUUAUAGGGUCCGGGUUGCCAAUACCGUCAAAGCCCGUUUAGCUGUCGGAACCCUCGGCAGCCAUGGCUGGAACUGGAAAUUAGAGUUGGGGUUGUUUCUGCGCUUCCAGCAGCUGGUAACUAAUCUGUUCCGUCGCCAAUCCAAGCCCCUCCCUGCAGUCACGUUUCACCCGAAAAUGGCUGCGGUUUUGCGGAAAACCCAACGAUUAAGAUGGGUGUUCAGCAAACCGCCGAAUCCCCCAACUUUUUCGCACUUCAAUAAACCCGAGAAAAACCCUAGAAUCCCCUUUUCGACGAAAGCCUCAAAUUUCCCAGAGUACGAAAUGCCCACGGUGACUUGGGGCGUGACUCAAGGCCGCAAGGAGAAGCUCGUGUCGAGGGUAAUCAUCUCCGACUACUUGAAAUCGAUAGGCAUAGUCCCCGACGAGUUGGAAGGUCUGGAGCUGCCGUCCACCGUCGAAGUGAUGCGUGAGCGCGUCGAGUUUCUGCAGAAAAUAGGCCUCACCAUAGAUGACAUCAAUGAGUAUCCUCUGAUGCUCGGCUGCAGCGUGCGGAAGAACACAAUCCCCGUGUUAGGUUACUUGGAAAAAAUCGGGAUUCCGAGGGCGAGGAUGGGUGAAUUCGUGAAGAACUAUCCUCAGUGUCUCCACGCUAGCGUCGUCGUUGAGCUCGCCCCGGUCGUGCGGCACCUCCGGGGGCUCGAUGUCGAGAAGCAAGAUAUAGGUUAUGUAUUGAUGAAGUAUCCUGAAUUGUUAGGGUUUAAGCUCGAAGGGACGAUGAGCACGUCGAUAGCCUAUUUGGUUAGCAUUGGAGUUAAUCCGAGGGAUAUCGGCCCUAUGGUGACUCAGUAUCCAUAUAUCUUAGGGUUUCGAGUCGGGACUGUGAUCAAGCCAUUGGUGGACUAUUUGGUAUCUUUAGGAUUGCCGAAGAAGAUUUUAGCUAGAAUGUUAGAGAAGCGUGCGUAUAUCCUCGGCUAUAAUCUUGAGGAGACGGUGAGACCGAAUGUGGAUUGUUUGAUGAGUUUUGGGGUGAGGAAGGAAGAGCUUCCGUCUGUUAUCGCUCAAUAUCCGCAGAUUCUUGGAUUGCCGUUGAAGGCUAAAUUGUCGUCGCAGCAAUACUUCUUCAACUUGAAGCUCAAGAUCGAUCCUGAUGGAUUUGCGCGUGUUGUUGAGAGGAUGCCGCAGGUUGUUAGCCUCAACCAGAAUGUGAUUUUGAAGCCGGUUGAUUUCCUGCUCGGGCGGGGGAUUUCGUGUGAUGAUGUGGGGAAGAUGAUCGUUAAGUGCCCACAAUUGAUUGCGCUUCAAGUCGGGCUAAUGAAGAACAGUUACUAUUAUUUCAAGAGUGAAAUGGGCAGGCCGGUGAAGGAGCUGGUUGAGUUCCCGGAAUAUUUUACGUACAGUUUGGAGUCACGGAUUAAGCCGAGGUACCAGAGAUUACAGAGCAAGGGGAUUAGGUGUUCUCUGGCCUGGUUCUUGAAUUGUAGUGAUCAGAGGUUCGAAGAAAGGCUUAAAGGCCAAUAUAUAGAGGCGGAAACCUCUGGCCCCUCGUUUCGUAUGGGUGGGAAGCUGGAGCUUCCGGGGGGCGAUGUUGUGUCGGAAGAGGAAGAUGAGAGUGACGAUGAAAUACUUUAUCGGCGCACUGUUUCUCUAUAGUGUGCUAGUUUUUGAUCUUCCAAUGGCAUUGAUAUUUAUCGGACUAUGGAGGCGAAUUCUACAUUUAGUGUAAUGAAUUGAACUAUUUGCAUCUCUGUUCUCUAACCGUGUCGAACUGCAGCUGUCGAGGGAGAUUGCUCGACUGCUUGUAUUGACUUCACAAUUGAAGGUACUGCCGAAGUUAAUAGACUCGAUUUCUUGUUAAUAUAUCUGCUGGUUUUUGAAGCUUUUUGAAUAAAUUAUGCUUGUAGAUUUUAGUUUUGGUCGUGAAGAUUAUUAAACAUUCGAUUGUUUCGGCUUAGAAGUUCUAAACUCGGCUUGAACAUAGGAGUCCGUAUUUGAAUAGGCUACGGUUGUUAUAACCGUGAACGCCUGACAAAAACUAUGAAAAUUUGUUCGAUGUAAAUCUUUUUCCCCUUUCGCUUUAGUAAGUAGUUUGGAAUUGAAAGUUAGCAUCUCGGAAAUUUUGGAUUUACAUUGGAAGGAGAUUUUUCGGCUGAUCUUUUCUUCCGG